UGCGCGGCGCUGGCUACGGGCGUACGGGAGCUUCUGUAGGUUCUCUGCGCUACGGCAGCUGCCCCGUGGUCAGAGAGCGCCCUUCGCCUCGGCCGCGCCCGGCUCCUCCCGCCUGCCCCAGGCCGAGCGCUGGCGCCAUGUCGGCCUAUCCCCGAAGCUACAACCCGUUCUACGACGACGCGGAGGACGAGGGCGUCCGGCCGGCGCCGUGGACGGACAACCGCGACCUCGCGGACUGGCCCGGCGAUCCCGCCGACCGGCAGCAGGCCCUGCGGCAGGAGGUGCUGCGCCGGGCCGAGGCCACGGCCGCCAGCACCGGCAGGUCCCUGUCCCUGAUGUACGAGUCCGAGAGGAUCGGGGUCGCCUCCUCCGAGGAGCUCGUGCGCCAGCGAGGGGCCUUGGAGCGCACAGAGAAGAUGGUGGACAAGAUGGAGCAGGAUCUGAAGACCAGCCAGAAGCACAUCAACAGCAUCAAGAGUGUGUUCGGAGGGCUCGUCAAUUACUUCAGAUCCAAACCCUCAGAGACCCCACCUGCGCAGAAUGGCACCCUCGCCCCCCAGCCCAGCAGCAGGUUGAAAGAAGCUGUAAGUACAAGUAAAGACCAGGAGGCACAGUACCAGGCCAGCCACCCAAACCUCAGGAAGCUCAAUGAUUCAGACUCCAUCCCUGGAGGGGCCAAUUCUGCCAUGAGCUCCGAGGCUUACCCAAGGAACCCGCACCUGCGCACCUGUCACCAGAGGAUCGACAGCAACCUCGAUGAGCUGUCCGUGGGCCUGGGCCGGCUGAAGGACAUCGCCCUGGGGAUGCAGAUGGAGAUUGAGGAGCAGGACGACAUUCUUGACCGCCUCACAACCAAAGUGGACAAGUUAGAUGUCAACAUCAAGAGCACAGAGAGGAAAGUUCGGCAGCUUUGAAGACAGAGGCGGAUUUCCACUCCAUCGUGAUGAAAAGAUUUGAAAGGUCUUCUUUUAAACUCCCAAGAAAUUUCAGUUAUUACUUUAGAAUGUGAUUUCACAUGUGUUUGCAAAUGUU